AUGAAGUUCUCUCUCGCCACCGUCGUCGCCGUUGCGGCCCUCAUGGCCGACUCCGCCUCCGCCCACUACUUCUUCGAGAAGAUGGUCGUCAACGGCGUCGCCUCCGCCGACUACAUGCGCUCCAGCACCCAGGGUUACCAGCCCCAGUCCAACAGCAUCAUGACCAGCAACACCUUCCGCUGCAACACCGGUGCCAAGGCCGCCGCCAAGACUGCCACCGUGGCUGCCGGCUCCGAGGUUGGCUUCCAGAUGAGCUUUGGCGCCAAGAUCCAGCAUCCCGGCCCCCUCCAAAUCUGGAUGAGCAAGGCUUCUGGCGAUCUGUCCAGCUACGACGGCUCCGGCGACUGGUUCAAGGUCUACGAGUCUGGCCCGACCAAGUUCCCCCUGACUGGCGCUGCCGAGGAGUGGGGUGUAAACAAUAAGAACAUCAUCACCUUCACCGUCCCCAAGGACCUCGCUGCCGGCGACUAUCUCGUCCGCCCCGAGCACCUUGCUCUGCACAAGCCCUCCGGCACGGAGUUCUACUUCAACUGCGGUCAGAUGAAGAUCACUGGCUCUGGAACCAAGGUCCCCACAGCCACUGCCAAGUUCCCUGGUGUCUACGACUCCAACACUGCCGGUCUCUCCCCCAAGUUCUCUCUGUACCAGAACGCCAAGUCCUACCCCAUGCCCGGCACCACUCUCGUCACCCGCGAGCUUUCCCUCCCCAUGAGCCGCAUCACCCGCGGCAUGCGCGAGGAGACCAAGCAGGAGUAA